AUUCGAACUAUUUAAAGACGCCGCAUACCUAAAUUUUCUUCUGCGAUUUAUAUUGUCCAGUAGCCUUGCUUUGUUUCUCCUGGAAUCUUAAACAUUACUUCCAGAGUUCCGCUUCCUCAUUCGCACAGAUUGCGUGAUGGAAACUGGAGGCAAUUCUUUACCAUCUGGUUCAGAUGGUACGAAAAGAAAAGUGUUUUACUUUUAUGAUCCCGAAGUUGGAAAUUAUUAUUAUGGUCAAGGUCAUCCAAUGAAGCCCCACAGAAUGCGUAUGACACAUGCUCUUUUGGCGCACUAUGGUUUACUGCAAAACAUGCAAGUUCUCAAGCCCAUUCCAGCUAGGGACAAGGAUCUUUGCAGGUUUCAUGCUGAUGAUUAUGUGUCUUUCUUGAGGGGUAUUACUCCGGAAACACAACAAGAUCAAGCGAGACAGUUGAAAAGGUUUAAUGUUGGUGAAGACUGCCCUGUCUUUGACGGUCUCUAUUCCUUCUGUCAAACUUAUGCAGGGGGCUCAGUAGGCGGUGCUGUUAAACUGAACCAUGGGAAUUGUGAUAUUGCUAUAAACUGGUCUGGUGGACUUCAUCAUGCAAAAAAAUGUGAAGCUUCUGGGUUCUGCUACGUGAAUGACAUAGUGCUUGCGAUAUUGGAACUUCUUAAAGUGCAUGAGCGUGUUCUUUACGUCGACAUUGAUAUUCAUCACGGUGAUGGUGUUGAGGAGGCCUUUUAUACUACAGACAGGGUCAUGACUGUUUCAUUCCACAAGUUUGGAGAUUACUUUCCUGGUACAGGGGAUGUACGGGAUAUAGGUCAUGCUUCUGGAAAAUACUACUCUCUCAAUGUACCAUUAGAUGAUGGAAUUGAUGAUGAAAGCUACCAGUCCCUGUUUAAACCUAUUAUGGGUAAGGUGAUGGAAGUUUUCAGGCCUGGUGCUGUGAUAUUACAGUGUGGUGCAGACUCUCUAUCUGGAGACAGAUUAGGUUGCUUUAAUUUAUCAAUUAAAGGUCAUGCAGAGUGCGUGAGAUAUAUGAGAUCUUUUAAUGUGCCUCUACUUUUGCUUGGUGGAGGUGGCUACACGAUUCGGAACGUUGCCCGCUGUUGGUGCUAUGAGACUGGAGUCGCCCUUGGUGUAGAACUUGAGGAUAAGAUGCCACAACAUGAGUAUUAUGAGUACUUUGGUCCAGACUAUACUCUUCAUGUCGCUCCAAGUAACAUGGAAAAUAAGAACUCUCGUCAGGUAUUGGAUGACAUAAGAGCAAAGCUUCUUGAUAAUCUCUCAAAACUGCAGCACGCACCAAGUGUCCCAUUUCAGGAGCGCCCACCUGAUACUGAGUUUCCAGAGGCUGAUGAAGAUCAAAAUAUAGAUCAGAGGUGGGAUCGGGAGUCUGAAAUGGAUGUUGAUGAUCAACGUAAGCCUUUUUCUGGAAGAGUGAAGAGGGAAAUUUUUGAAACUGAGCAAAAAGACGCGGCAAAUGCCAGAGAAGGGGAACAGGCAAGAGAUAUGGAUGCAACAUUUACAGAGACUGCAUCAUUGAAGGCCUCAAAUCCAGUUCCAAUAUCGAUGGAUGGACUGCAUAUUAAUUCAGAACAAGGAAAUGCAAGCAAACAAUCCGAUGGACGUGCUGAUAUGGAUUCAUAGUGUGGAAAGGUUUUGGGAAUAUGCGCUAAAAUGUAAUGUCUUGUAAAGUCUAGUGAUUUACUAGGGAUGUUUUGCUAUGCAACUGUUACUGAACCAUUUGGAACUGAAAUGAGUACCGCCUUCUGAAACAAUUUUCUGCC